AUGGAUCUUUUCUUCAUCGUCGUCGUUUUGCUCCGCCUUUCAUUGGCCACCGCCGUUAACUUCACUCAAGUCUUCGAGUGGCCCGACGGAAUGGACUACGAGUGGCCGUCGGAGGCUAGCAGGACAAGCGCCUUGAACAAUAGAACUUAUUUCAAUCCAAAGCUUAUUCAACCAAUUUUCAUGGCUGUCUACGAAACAAGGAUCUUCCUCAGUCUCGAGAAAUACAAUGUUGGCAUUCCAGUUACUCUGGUGUCUUUGCCGACAAGCAGCGAAACCUCUGCACCUCCGGAGCUCACUCCAUUCCCUUCGUGGGACAUGCAUAAUAAAGAUGAAUAUGGAGACUGCAACAAAAUUGAAGAAGCAGCAGGAUUGGAAGUGGAUGCCGUUGGCAGGCUGUGGGUUUUGGACAGCGGUAGCGAAAAUUGCAAUGCCAAACUAUGGAUUUCCGACUUGUUCAAUAACGAUAAAACCAAACUCAUUCAUCGUUUUUCUUUUGGCAAAUAUCUUGCCGACUUGGUGCUCGACGAGACGCCCAACGGAACAUUUGCAUACAUCGCGCGGUUGUAUCGAAACCACAUUGUCGUAUUUAGUUUGGAAAGGAACCAAUCUUGGAUUGUGGACACGCCUGGAUUCAUGGCUUAUUCCAUUGCCCUGUCACCUAAGGAGGAACCGAGACAGCUCUACCUCAGCCAUUCUUUCACCAAUGAAUUUUUUUCAAUUUCCGUUGCCGCACUCCGCAACGGAAUUCAAACUGCAAAUCCGAAACUAAUCGGAAAAUGGACUAGAACUCAGAAGUAUAGAAUGCUGAUGGACAACCACGGGACAAUGUAUAUCGCCUCUUUUGAUGAGAAUUUCAUAACCUCUUGGAACACAUACCAGUCAAUGCAGGAGCAGCGUUUUCUUGUGGUUGAAGGGCUGAAUACUGUUAGGCCGUUUACUUUUGCAUUGGACUCAUCGGGAACCUUUUGGGUGACCGAGAUUAAUGAAACAGCGACUAAGCCAACUUUCAGGCUCCUGAAGGCUGCAGUUGGUGCGAAGCCAUACUACAUCAGUGAUUGUCAGACGACAGUUCCUUCCACCACUACUGUUACACACAUCAACUGUACAUGUGAAGAAGGCGUACGUUUCAAAGAAGCAAAUAAGCUAACGGAAGAAUCUACAAACUUUGCUUUGAUUGGCUUGAUCAUCUGCUUCAUUUUCUCUAUUGUGGUCUGCACUUACAACCUCUGGCUCAACAUGAGGUUGAGAAAAUUGCAAAAUUACAUCAGGCAGCGUGACGCAGGCGCCGUGGAAAUGCCCACUGUCCCGAAAUUUUUCCAGCCGGAAAUGUUGGACGUGGAACAAGGAAACCGAAAAUGA